UUUAUACAAAUAUUACUACUAAAUAUAUUUAAAAAAAGGAUUUUUACAAUUCAAACUUUAGAGCCGUGGAAUGUUCACGACUGCAGCAAAAAUCCGUUCUUUUUCUUCCAUUAUCUGUAGCUAUUUCUUUAGAUCUCUCACACGAUCUCUCCCUUUACAUCUCCAACUCCAUAGUUUCUCCAACGGCCGCCAUUCCACCGCCACAAUCCACCAUGAAAAUCCAGUGCCCACCUCGACUCGGUCCCUCAACAUCGCUCUCAUAUCUCUUUCCAAAUCCCGUCGAUUUGAUUCGGCCAUCUCCCUCUUUUCCUCUGCUCGCUCCUCGGGCAUCUUCCCGGACUUCACCACUCUCAACAUCAUCAUCAACUGUUGCUCAGAGACCAGUCGCUCAAAUCUUGCACUUCAGCUAUUCGAGGAAAUUACUCAAAGGGGUUACACUGCAAACGUUGUCACAUUCACAACUUUGAUCAAAGCCCUCUGCAGAGAAGGUAAUAUCUCCAAUGCUUUUGAAAUUUUCGAUCAGAUGAAGGAGAACGGACCGAGCCCAAACAGCUUUACAUAUGGAGUACUUAUCGGAUGUGUGUGUGGUUGCUUGGAUUUUGAGAAAGGUCUUGGUUUGAUUGGUGAAAUGUUGGGAUUUGGAUUGGAGCCUAGUGAGUUUAGUUAUAACAUUGUUCUGAGUGGCUUGUGUAAGAAAGGCAUGAUCUUGGCUGCUGCAAUUCUUUAUGGGAGGAUGGUUAGAGUUGGAAUUAGAGGGAAUGUAGUUUCCUAUACCAGUUUUAUUGAUGGUUUGUGUCGAGCGAAGAAGCUGGUGGAAGCUAAGAAUAUGCUUUAUGAGAUGCAAGAGAAUGGUGUUAACCCGGACAUUUUGACGUUUAAUUCGUUGAUUCAUGGAUAUUGUGAUAAUGGGCAGUUAGAAGAUGUUAUGGAAAUGUUAACCUUUGUGGCUUCCUCUGGUCUUCACCCUAAUGUUAAUACAUUCACUAUUAUAAUCGGAGCUCUUUGCAAAAUGGGUAGAAUGGAAGAGGGUUUGAGAGUUUUAGAUGUGAUGAUCCAAGAAGGUUUGAGUCCUGAUAAGUUCGUGUAUAGUACUUUGGUUGAUGGAUUAUGUAAAGAAGGGAGAUUGGAGGAUUCUCUCCAGUUUAUUCAUCGGAUGGAGGAGAGUGGGUUUGAAAAUGAUGUUGUUGCUUAUAAUAGUUUAAUUGAUGGGUAUUGCAAAAUGGGGGAUAUGGAGGGUGCCAAAAGGAUUUUUGAUGAAAUUAGGAAGAAAGGGUUUCAGCCUAGCGUUAUUACAUAUAAUGCAUUUAUGGAUGGAUUCUGCAAAAUUGGGAAAAGUGAGGUUGCCGAAGCAUUGUUAUUGGAUAUGAAGCAGGAUGGGAUUAGGCCAGAUGUGAUUACUUAUACUACAUUGAUUUGUGGAAUUUGCAAAGAGGGAAAUUUCGAUAAGGCUGCUUGUUUUGUAGAUAAAAUGCUUUGCAAGGGACAAAUACCAGAUGCUAUAACCUACAAAGUUGUUUUAGAUGGCAUUCGCAGGGAAUGCAUGCUUGAUGGUUCAGAGAACUUGCUUCAUAUUUUGGGUGAGCUGAAAAAGAGGGCAAAAUCAUGACAUUUAACAGGUAAUGGCUGUCGAAGCACUGUGGAAUGGUGGAAGCCCCUCAAAAACUAAACUAUUGGAUUAUGAAAACUUGAUAUUUCAUAUGAGCCUCAAAUGCUAGUCCUUUCUGAAUGCUUAUUGCUCAUCGGUUCCUUGUUCGCAUCAUCUAACAAGAAUUAACGGUGCGGCAGAUAUUGCCGUGAGUUCAUGGCUAAUUUGCUUCCUUGGCAUUGGCAUCAAAAACAGCUUAAAGGUUACUCAACUUCAUUCUUUUACAAGUCCUGCUGUUCAUCCAUACUACAUUUGAUGAUGCUUUGGGAAACCUCAUUUUCAUUAUACAGUACUCAAAUGGAGAAAGAAUCUUCAAAAUUUUAGAUAAAUGAAACUGUUCCUAGUUGACCUGUAUUGCUUCAAGCAAAGAUGAAUGCGCUUCUCUGAAGGAUGUUAGAGUGAUUAUGAACUCUGGAAGGCAAUGAAGAAUUUUACCAAACGAAGCCUAAUUCAGCAAUGUAGUACUUAGAAGAAAAUGUGCAGGAAUCUCUACAAGAAAUUCCUAAAUAGGAUUUUUGCUACAAACAAGUCAAAGAACAAGCUACAACAAGUACUAUUCCUUCAACCUAACCUGAUGCAACAAAAUCAUUCUUUAUGAGAUGAGAAAAUAUCCCACAAUAUAUUUGGCCACCAUGAUGAGAACUUUUACUCUAUGAAAUCCAGAGUUGUAUAUAUAUAU